UGGGACUUUUAUUUUGACAUCGCGGUUGUGGUCAGAGAGCGUCUGGUGUUUGUGUUUUUCUGCUCAUGUUCAGACCUUCAGACUGCAGAGAUGCGCUUCAUCUGCGUCUGCUUAUGUUUUCUAAACCCAUCAACGAUCAUAUUAUUGUGAUUUAUCUAUCAAUAUCUGUUUUUGCUCAUCGAUGGUCAUAAUAUGACGAGCUCUUUCUCCAGACCUUCAGCUCAAGGGGCCACAGAGAAGGACCGGCUGCUGAGCCCCGUGAUGGGAUACGGCUCCGGCGACCUGAAUGGUGGGUGUCACGGCAGCCCUUCCUCCCUGGACGUGUGCUCGUCGGGCUCGGGGAAGCGGACGGAGGAAGAGGAGGAGGCCCUGAGGAGGAAGCUGAAGUACUUCUUCAUGAGCCCCUGUGAUAAAUACCACGCUAAAGGCCGCAAACCCUUCAAACUGGUGCUUCAGCUGCUGAAGAUCAUCAUAGUCACUGUACAGCUGGUGCUGUUUGGUCUCAGUAAUCAGAUGGUGGUGGCGUUUAAGGAGGAGAACACCGACUCCUUCAAGCAUCUGUUCCUGCGAGAUUAUCAGGAUGGUUCUGAGGAGCCGCUGUGUAUCCACACACAGAAAAGCGUCCACGAUCACAUCAACUACGCCAUAGAGCAGUAUCUGGCUCUGCCGCAGAAGUCAGUGGGCAGGUACGCGUACGUUCCAGGUGCGGGUCUGAACGACAGCGCCCUCUAUCUGUGCCAGCACUACUACAAGAAGGGCACCAUCGACCCCGUUAACGACACGUUUGACAUCGACCCUCAUGUUGUCACUGACUGCAUCGGAGUGGAUCCGCCGCCAGACCCUUCAGCUCCACCACAAAACCACUACAAGAACAUCACCCUCAAUUUCCAAAAGUUGAUUCAUGUGACCAUCCAGUUUCAGCUGAAGGCCAUAAACAUCCAGACGAUUAUUAAUAACGAGAUUCCCGACUGCUACACCUUCUCCAUUACUAUCCUGUUUGAUAACAAGGCUCACAGUGGUAAAGUGAAGCUCAGUUUGCACAACGAGGCGUCCAUUAAAGAGUGCAGAGACCCCAAUGUGUCGGGACACGCGGACAGUUACGCGCGUGUGGCGUUCGACGUGCUGGUGGCGGUGAUCUGCGGUCUGUCUCUGGUGUUGUGCGGACGCUCCAUCCUCAGAGGGAUCAUCCUGCAGAACGAGUUUGUGCGUUAUUUCCGUCAGUCUCUGGGCCGUUCGGUGUGUUGGGGUGACCGUCUGGAGUUCAUCAACGGCUGGUACCUGCUGCUCAUCAUCAGUGACGUUCUCACCAUCAUCGCCUCCUUCAUCAAGAUCGCCAUCGAGACGAAGAACCUGUCGUCGUAUGACGUCUGCAGUAUUUUGAUGGGAACUUCCACCCUGAUGGUGUGGGUCGGAGUGCUACGAUACUUCAGCUUCUUUCAGAAAUACAAUAUUCUUAUCGUGACUCUAAGAGCUGCUUUUCCAAACGUGAUCCGAUUCUGCUGCUGCGCUGCUGCCAUUUACAUGGGCUACUGCUUCUGUGGCUGGAUCGUUCUGGGACCCUACCAUGCUAAAUUCCGCUCUCUCGCUACGGUGUCAGAGUGCCUGUUUUCUCUCAUCAACGGAGACGACAUGUUCGCCACGUUCUCGGACAUGGAGCAGAGCGGGGCGCUGGUGUGGGUCUUCAGUCAGGUCUAUCUCUACACCUUCAUCUCACUCUUCAUCUACAUGGUGCUGUCGCUCUUCAUCGCGCUCAUCACCGGAGCCUACGACACCAUCAUGCAACAAACUCAGGACGUGCCACAAGUCUCUGAACUGCACCGGUUCAUCGCUGAAUGUCCCGACACUCCGACCUCCGGAAACUUCCGCAGCCCGGAGCCGUCGACAUGUUCAGUCUUCUGCUGCUUCAGCUAGAGAGACUGACUGUGUGUGUGUGUGUGUGUGUGUGUGUGUGGAGGGGUUUCUGGGUAACUCUUCAUUUAUCUCACACACAGGACGGACAUACACUCGUGUGUUUUUGUUUGUUUACAGAUAAACUUGUUUUAACUACGCUUUUACGGCAUUUAAAUCUGUUAUAAUUAAUGAGCAGACUGUGUUUGCAUAUUCAUGAGCAUCUUGGCUUUGUGAUGAACUUAUGUUGCACUAGAACCGCUAAAGUAAAUGGUGUCCUCUAGUGGUGAGGAGGAUUUACAGCACACGCACUAAUGCCAACACAAACGGAAACAGAACAGCAGUUUCAAGUGCUUUGGUGACUCUCACGACAUGUCCAGGGCAGAUUUUAGCCUAAAAUCAAAGGGGAAAAAUAAGAAAUCAAUUGAAAUAUACAUAUAUUUAAGAUGCAGAUUCAAAUAUUUAUAGGCUUUGUUUUCUUAAAUGCAAAGCAAUAUUUAUUUUAAAUAUGCAUACAUUUAUGACACUAUACCAGGGCAUUCUUUUUUUAAGAUGGUGACAUUCAUUUUUAACAAAGAGAAUAUUUGUGUUUUUAAUAAACCACCAUUUUGCACAUUUUUUUUAGCUUGUAAUUUAUUUGAACAGGGUUAAUCUCAUUUAAAAUGGUUGAUUAUUUGUAUAAUGAAAAUAAUGCAACAAAACUAGGGUUUGUUUUAGGCUGAAAUAUGACCUGCACAUUUUUGUGAGAUUCACCUGGUCAUUUUUAUUGCGUUCAUAUGGCCAGCUAGGACCACAUCUGAUUUUAUGAUAUUUUUUAAAAUGUGUUUUGUGCAUAUAGAUAUUCUAAUGCUUAUGUUUCAUAUGCACAGUAGGAUAUUUGUGCUUUGUCGUCAUCGUAUGGAUGAUAUUGCCACAUUCAGACGCCAUUUCUGUGCUUUGUUUCAGAUUUCUCUAGCAUUUGUGUGUGUGUGCGUGUGUGUGUAUGUGGUUUACAGGAAGCAUAGCUUGCAGGUUUAUUCUGUCAUGAAUAUUAAUGUGAACGGUGUAUUGUACCUGUCUCCAGUGCAUUUGCUCCUUUCAAGGCGUCACACACUCUGAUGUUUGGAGAAGCCUUGGGCGUCUAGAGAGGUUUUUCCCUUCAUAUUGACACACGGGUCAGUCCAUCAGGGAGUUACUCGAGCAUUGAAGCUUUGAGUGUUUUCUAUGUGUUCACAAGCAUGUUUUUGGUCAGUAGCAGGAUAAUAUUGUCUGAAAUGGCUGAUAUUUCUUUUAAUUCUUAAUUAGAUUCAAUAAUAGUAAUGUAGAAACAAUAAUCAGUGGUUUAGAAUGAGGGACCAGAUAAAUACAGGACUGAAAGGGAUCAUUUCCAAGUGAUUAUUCUGAUUAUUGUAAGUUAUUUAUGAGCUCCCCGUAUAGCAUAUUUAUGAUAACAUUCAUGCACUUUUCUACACUAAUAAUCAUCUUCAGCUUUUGGCAGUUUAAUAUCAGAUCCAUUCAGAUCUAUUGAAUUCAUAUUUAAUUUGAUUAAUAGUUUUUGUGGUGAGGAAGAUGAUGGUUUUGCCUUGAUGUAAUUGUUUCUUAUUCAGAAUGAAUUGUUGGUGUAGUUUCAUGAUUAUUGUGACGUUUACUGAUGUUUUAGGGGUGUUUUAAUGAGAUUUAAAGUAUUUGAAAUGCUGUAUUUUUAUUUUUUUUAAUUUAUUGUAUGUAACUGUAAGCUGAGAUGCUUUUGGUCCCUGCAUUUGUGUAACAUCUUUUAUUUAAAGCGUCAGAUAGUGACACUCAUUUUUAACAGAAGAAAUGUGUGGGUGGUUUUUACAAUGCAGUUUUGCACCUUUUUUUUUUCAUAAUUUAUUUGAAGGGAUUGAAAGUGUAUCUGUUGUUUUUUGUAUAAUUAAUUUAAAAUGGUUGAUUCAUAUGCACAAAUUUGAUGUCUCUCUCCAUUCUCAGACACAUUAUAACACUCACCCAAAUGUCCGCUCUUGAAGUCAAAAAUAAAACACAUCUGUGAAUGUCAACAUCAAA